GGAAUUGGGUCCGACUGCAAAUCCGUUUUUUGCAACUUUCUUACAAAUAGCCAUAACUGUAUCGUUUGUCAGUUAUACAAUAACAAACGCAACGGAAUUUGUGGCAAAAAAAACCGACAAUAUUUUGUAAUGUAAUUUUGUUUAUAUUUUUUGUCUCAUGAAGUUCGAUUAUCCAGACCGGACCAGACAGUGAGCCAGACGGAUAACACCUCGAUUGCUUAUGUCUGAGAGAUGCAGAUGUCCCUGAUGCCGGCGCCUGUCCUUUGAAGCUGGUCGAACGCCUAAGAACCAAUACAGGCAGAACCAUGAACAGAUCCUGUAAAAAAUGGUCAGCCUGUGAUGUGUGUGGGUGAGGAGAUGGGCUGCACCUCGGCCAAGCAGGUGUUGGCCGUGCCCAGUGGUGAGGAGGGCCGCAGUAAAGCCUACAGCAAUGGGGAUGUUCUUUCUGAUGAGUACAAGAAAGGUGUGGCAAGUGUGAAGUAUAUAAAUAGAGAAGAGGACAGACUAAACAACUGCGACCAGGACAGCACGAAUACUGCCCUGCUCACCACGGUCCAACAAACGGACGACACAGGAUCAAAUGGCAAUGGGAAGACACAGAUUCAUUCUUCAGAGAGCCAGCAGGAGUUCUUCAGGAUGCUGGAUGAGAAGAUAGAAAAGGGGCAGGACUACUGCUCAGAGGAAGAGGAUAUGACAUAGCACUGAGGUCCACCAUCUGCUCCCCUGAGAGGAAGGAUUUGUCCAAUGGCAUGGACAGGCCUGUACCACAUAACCCUUACCCAACAGCCCUCUUCCUUUUAGACCAUUUUGAGGAUGGAGGGGGAGACACAUUGACCCAAACCAAGCACCUUUGCCCGGCCCUGUGUCUAUACCUACAACCCUGGCUCCCUGUAACAGAUCUACGAGUCCAAUGCGACAAUGUUUUACCCCCAAAGGAGCAAUGUUACAAGACAUGGCCAGGACUACUUUCAGCACCAGUCCUAUUAUACUGAGCGGCUCUCCAAGUCUGUCGCCAUGGUAACCGUGGACAAUAAGUACAGCAGCCGCUCAGGCUCUGUGGUCCAUUAAAAGACCACGGAGAUCCAGUCAUUUUGAACCCAUGGAUUGACUGAGACCAGUCCAUCAUGGUUAUUCGUAAUGGCUUAAAGGAACAUUUGUCAUUCCUCAUCUGAUUGGAUGAUGAACAAUAGAGGUAAUUGGGAGGGCAGAGGAAAAUGAAUCUGGGAAUUAUUCCUGGGUCGUAUUCAUUAGGCACCAAAUGAAAGAAAACAGACUGAAACAGGGAAGAACUACCAAUAAGAAACGCUAGUUUACGUUUUCUGUUGCAAAACAUUUGGCUACGGUGUGCCUUAAUGAAUGCAAUCCAGGUGGCUGAAACAUUCACUGCAUUGCAGAUAGAAACUUAAAGUAAUAGAGCUGGGGAUUCUCCCAUCAUCGUAUUGUAUCAUUGAUUCUCUUAUCAGUGUCUCUCUAUGUAGUGUAUUUCUAUCUGCAAUGUUCUGAGCGUGUCACCCCAAUGAACACACCCCUUGAGGGGAAACCGGGGUUACUUACUUCCUGCAUUCCAGGAUACUUUUUGAAUUUUCUUUUCUACAGUAUGCUCAUAAAGUACAUUCGGAAAGUAUUCAGACCCCUUCACUUUGUCCACAUUUUAUGACAUUAGUCUUAUUCUAAAAUUGAUUAAUGUUCCUCAUCAAUCUAUACACAAUACUCCAUAAUGACAAAGCGAAAAACUGAUUUGACAUUUUUGCAAAUGUAUUCAAAAUAAAAUGCAGAAAUACCUUAUUUACAUAAGUAUUCAGACCCUUUGCUAUGAGACUCGAAAUUGAGCUCAGGUGCAUUCUGUUUCCAUUUAUCAUCCUUGAGAUUUCUGUGGUAAAUUCCAAAACAUUUCUGCAGCAUUGAAGGUCCCCAAGAACACAGUGGCCUCCAUCAUUAUUAAAUGGAAGAAGUUUAGAAACAACACUCUUCCUAGAGCUGGCCACCCGGCAAAACUGAUCAAUCGGGGGAGAAGGGCCUUGGUCAGGGAGGUAACCAAUAACCCGAUGGUCACUCUGACAGCUCCAGAGUUCCUCUGUGGAGAUGGGAGAACCUUCCAGAAGGACAAUCAUCUCUGCAGCACUCCACCAAUCAGGCUUUUAUGGUAGCAUGGCCAGACAGAAGCUACUCCUUAGUAAAAGGCACAUGACAGCCCGCUUGGAGUUUACCAAAAGGCCCCUAAAGGACUCCCAGACCAUGAAACAAGAUUCUCUCGUCUGAUGAAACCAAGAUUGAACUCUUUGGACUGAAUGCCAAGUGUCAUGCCUGGAGGAAACCAGGCACCGCUCAUCACCUGGCCAAUACCAUCCGUAUGGUGAAAGCAUCAUGCUGUGGGGAGGUUUUUCAGCGACAGGGACUAGCCUCCCAGUCAGGAUUGAGGGAAAGAUUAACAGAGCAAAGUACAGAGAGAGCCUUGAUGAAAACCUGUUCCAGAGAGCACAAGACCUCAGACUGGGGAAAGGUUCACUUUCCAACAGGACAACAACCCUAAGCACACAGUUUUUGCUUUGUCAUUGUGGGGUAUUGUGCGUAGAUUGAUAAUGGGGGGGACGGGGACGAUUUAAUCCCUUUUAGAAUAAGGCUGUAACAAAUUGUGGAAAAAGUGAAGGGGUCUGAAUACUUUCCGAAUGCACUGUGAUUCAGUCGGCCCAUGUCUUCUUACUUUACUACGUAGGGUAUUCUUGUUUAAUGUCAAUGCUCAGGGUUGAAGUGUUCUAGUCAUUGUUGUUUUGUAGUCGAGCCUACCUCUUCAUUAGGCUUUGUUGCACCAAUUGUGUACACACACACACACACACACACACACACACACACACACACACACACACACACACACACAGCACUCUGCUGUCAGUAUCAGUUGUUAGUAAGACAUCAGUGUUCAAUCUAAAGACAGUAUACUGUAUAAGGAGCAUAGUCAGAUUAUGUAGUGCUCUUUGCAUUUGUUGUCAUGCUCAUUUUUGCUUGUUCUUUUUUCAUGUUCAAUUACAGUUUUUCUAGUAAAAUAAUGUGUUUUCA